CUGCACUAUCACACUAUUCUUCUAUCACCUCUUUUCUUUCUUUCUCCAUCACCCACCCUUUUUUUUUCCUUUUUUUCAUUUCUUGUCAAAAUAGUCUGGAGUUCUUCUGCAGAAAAAAACUAAUCAUGUCAGGUGAUCAAAGGCCUAAAGAUUCUGCUGAGGGCUCUUCACGAUCUGGCGGCGAUCACUACCAGCCUCAACCGGCUCCUUUGAGCAGGUAUGAGUCGCAGAAACGGCGAGACUGGAACACUUUUGGGCAGUACUUGAAGAAUCAGAGACCCCCAGUUUCACUAUCUCAGAGUAAUUGCAACCACGUCCUUGAUUUCCUUCGGUAUCUCGAUCAGUUUGGCAAGACUAAGGUCCAUCUACAUGGCUGUGUCUUUUUUGGACAACCUAAUCCUCCUGCUCCUUGUACCUGCCCUCUAAGGCAAGCUUGGGGAAGCCUUGAUGCCCUAAUCGGACGGCUUCGAGCAGCUUAUGAGGAGCAUGGAGGAUCUGCAGAGACUAACCCUUUUGGAAAUGGAGCUAUUCGGGUUUAUUUGCGUGAAGUGAAAGAGUGCCAAGCUAAGGCAAGGGGGAUUCCAUACAAGAAGAAAACGAAGAAGAAGACUCAAAUAAGGGCAAGAAAUGAAGCGAAGCCUCCUAUGCAGUCAGCUUAAGUCCUUUGGCUUCUUCAGAUAAAUGGGAAAUUUAUUAAAUUCAACCAGGAUCACACAAUAGGACAAAUGGAUAUGAAGUUUGAGAAAAAGGCAAAUGUUGGAGGUCUAGCCUCUACUUCGCUACUAUUAGCUAGGUUCUCUCUUCGCAGAUGUUGUUAUAUAUAUGGCACAGCCUGCUUCUAAAUAAUCUUGUCCUAGCAGGCUGGUCUGAACUAUUCGAAGUCCGAGGGAAUUUAAAACUCUAGUCGUUAUGUUCUAUUGCAUCCUUUACUUCUUAAUUUGUAGAACGUUAACACUAUAUAUCCAGCUCUGUUGUUCCUUUGCUGCAGAAAA